UUCGAUGGUGAGCAUGUUACGAUGUGUCGCGUUACGGGUGGAUCCUCUUUUACCGGAAGCGAAGGAGAUUAUCUACCCGUCAAUUGAAUCUUAACUUUACAUGCCAUAUUUCGAAAAACGAACCGCAUACGUCGUUUUACCGCGUGUGGAAAAGUCGUCCGUUGAAAACUUUUCUUUGUGAGUAUGAUCGGACGAAUUUGUAAACGUCGCCGCUAAGCGUUCAGCAGAAAUGCGAGUGGAUUAAACGUUUCGAAAAGUGAUUAUUUGUACUCUGUUACGUGCGAAGGUGAAUAAUUGUGAGUGUUUUGAAAAUUGUCGAGCCAACAAUCGGAUACAAGGCCUGUUAGGUCGCAGCUUUAAGCCGGCCGGCGCCCGCAUUAAAGGGAAUAUACCAGAAGUCUGACUGACGACGAUCGUUUCGACCCUCGAUAUACACCUUGUGUCGCGAUUUCACGUCGAUCUCCACCCGCGGAUCGAUUCUCUGUAUCGAAUUCUUAAAAAUCGAUCGUUACGUUUGAUCUCGUUCCAGCGUUUUUCGAGAAUACUUCAGCAUCGAGAUGAGUGCCCACUUGCCGCGAUUCGGAGAAAGAAAUUUAGCGGAACUGUAGAAAUUCGUCUCCACCCGAUAUUCCGUGACAUCCGUUGAAAAUGUAGCUUCACACGAUUGAUUCGUGAUUUCAGCCAUCUUCCAAAGAGAAGAGCGCCGCGCGUCAGGGAUUGCGUCCCUCGGUCCGCGAAUGUUUACGUUCUAACGGUUCGUUUCACCGAGCCGAGUUUUUGUUAUCGAUCAAAAUACGAUCGAUUCGAGAACACGAGUUCCUUGUUGCGCGAUUCUAACAACACUAGUGCGAAAGGAAUCGGGAAACGACGAGUUCUUUGUUUCCAAGUAAGUGUCGCGCGAAAGUUCCGCGAACUUUGUUCACUGAUCUUCGAGUUUCUCUUUUUGGCUUGUGAUUUUAAGAGGAACUCGACGUCGCAAAGUGAAUAGUGAACGAACAAGUGAUAUUAGUGAAUACGAGUUGUAAAGAAAUAUCGUGACGAUAGUGACAAGUUCCGACGGCUCUGUUGUCGCGAGUUUCUUCGUCGAAGGAGGAUGAUUUUGUGAACGGAUAUUUUUCUUUCUUGGGGACUUCUCGCCAGGAUGACCGAAACCUGUCACCACGUUGCGUCCGCAUAGCCGUCACAGUGGAGUUCUGCUUAAUCGCAGGUCGAGCUGUGAGGCUACUAGUGCCGUGGUGCAACCGUGCAAAAAGGCACAGAGGGGCAGCUUUCUGGCCAAGCGGUCAUCAACCACCUGCAUAUCUCUAUACGUUCUCUCGCACAAUGGAAGAAACUCGCGUGGGCGAAAGAGAGAAAGAGAGAGGGAGAGAAACGGGGAACAGAUAAAAUAUAAUCAUCAAUACCGAGGUGCAGUCUUCCGUUUCAUCAAACCGGUUGGAUUAUAAACAACCUCGAGAAUACGGAAAGAACACUCGUUUGAUCGAUUUUCUGACUUCUGCCUCGGGAGGGGGAGGUUCGAUGUUGGUCCCUCCCGUGGCCCAAAGCGGGACUGGGGAUCGUCCCGUGGGCGACACGGGUGCCCGGGCCCAACAAGCGUCCGGCCCUGCCGCGGCAGCAACCCUAUGGCCCUUAGCACCUGCGCAAACUAAUCAGGUCACAAGUCAGUCUCAGGGCAUACCACCCCUAGCCGCUACCCCUGCACCGGCUCACAAUCAAGGUGUGAGUCGUUACGGGCUAUACUCUUUAUUCCCGGGGGGUGGCGGGGGCAGUUACGUCGCGGCCACUCCCGCCACCCCUGGACCGCCUACACCAGCACGAGCUUAUCACGCAACAACACACAAGGUUUCAGAGAGCGUGUUUUCCGCUGCCGUUGGGGUUGGAGUGGGUGGUUACACCUGGGGUGCUCCCACGCCGCCCCCUGGUUCACCCUACAGUCCUGUACCCGUGACACAGCUCGAGCUAUUGGCCAAGAAUCUGGCCAGUUUGGCUCCUCCAGGUCAACAGGCGCUUAGUCUUCAAGGUGUUGGUGUGAAUGUCGGAAGUUUGCAUCACGCGCAACAUACACAGCACACUCAACACACCCAGCACACGCUCAACUUGACUGGUCUUCAUCAUCUUCAUCAUGGAGGACUCCACCAGAACACUUUUUCGCCACAACUGUCUCUGGUUACCGGGAACGCGCCCACGCUGACGAUCAACAGCUUUUCGUCGCCUAACUCGACAGGCAACGUGGUACCGACGACGGGAGUGCUUCUUCAUGAGUAUCAGUCGCCGUCAGGUUCGACUACCGGAUGCUCGGUCACCGUGAACGGCACCUCGUGCCCGACGAGCUCAACGACGAGUACGAUGGUGAUGCAGGCAGACCAGAACACUGGCAACCAGGUCGUUCAGGCUACCAGCAAGAAACGAGAGGCCUUCCUCCCGAGUCAAGGUCAGCCGGUGAAACUGGAGAAUAAAUCGACUAGGCAGCCCUGCGUCUGCAGAAACAGUGGGAAAACCAGGACGGUGCAUUCCGACGCGGGCUGCAGCAGGACAUUGCCGGUUGCCUCGUCCUGGAACGGGCAGGACGCGAAUUGCAACGGCAAUAACAAUGGUGGUAGUAACUUGGUGAAAAGGGAACCGCUGGCUUCGGUGCCCUGUCAGGUCGCCGAAGUCUCGACGUCCCUUCACGCGACAACCACCUCCGUGAAAAUCGAGCCAGUCCCACCGAAAUCGGAAAACGGGAUCGUGGUGUCGAAUGCAGGGGCAGGCGGCGUGCCAGUCGGAAUCGCGGUGGCCAGGCAGAGAUUGCAGCAUCAGGAAACCUCGACUUCGAUGCGCAAUGUUUCCCUGAGUCAUCACACUUCGCAUCAUGCGAGCUAUCACCACUUCCAGCCUGACAAUCUUGGUUCGAGCACAGCCAUGGCAGUAGGCGGUGCGACCCUGGUGCACUGCGGAGGACCUGGAGGGGAGGACCGUCCGGCCCACCUCGCCAUUCCCUCGGGAGCCCUGGCACCCUCGCUGAACGCUGCUCUCGGCUCGAGCCUGAAUUCCAGCUUGAAUUCCAGCCUGAAUUCCACGCUAGGUAGCAUCGGCGCCGCGGCGAGCGCGGCCACCGCCGCCACGGCCGCGGCCGCAGCCGCAUGGCCGCCCACCUUAUGGCAGUACCCCGCGGCGGCCGCGGCCGCUGCAGCUGCAGCUGCAGCAAUGCCGAUGGAACCAGUGGGUUUUCCACAAAUGGGUGUUGGACUUCAAGGUGGCCUUCAAUUAGUCAGGGAUCCGACGACAGGUCAUCUUCUUCUCAUCCACGCUGCAGAACAAAUGCAGCAGGCUGUAGUGUGGCCAAAUUACUCGAAUCAUAAUAAUGGAAACGUCGCGCCGCCACCUCUUCUGCUUCCGCCGCCGCCACCGUCUCUUCAGCUUCUGGGCGACAUCGGUGGAGCAAGGUUGGUCCUCACUGAAAGCAAAAGAAAGCAACAGAGCACUCUGCCUAUUGUCAAGAUAGAGGCUGACUGUGGCAACAGCCCCGCCACUAUAAUCACGUCAACCGAGUCGACAAAGGCGUUGCAGACCGUGACUUCGAUGACAGGAGCCAUCGUGCCGGAUACACCCCUGGUGACCACUCUGCAUUAUUACCCUCAUGCACCUGCAUUGGUCCAAAUUAGUCAAGCAGCGCCGAUGCACUGCAGAUCACAGCAGCGAAAUUCGUUUUUGUCGAAGGCGACCUCUCCCGUGUCGUGUCUGACGCCGCCGCCCGAGGUGACGACGAUCCACGCGAUCGAGCCACCUGAAGUGGCGCCGAUGGUCGGCGUCCAAGACGCUUCGAACCAGACCGACGCCCCGGAGCCAGACGACCAGGAGCCGCCGCAGGUGGAUGCGUGCGUGAAACAGGAACAGAACCUGAGUCCCUGCCAGCUACAGAAUCCGACCAAUCUGACCACUACCACCACCAACAUGACGAACAUGACCAACUUCGAGAUCGUGGCUGCCUCGCCGGAGAAGGUGUGCAAUGUCGUACGAAUAACGACCACCACGACCACCGUGAACCCUGCCGUCUGCGGCUUCGUCGGCAAGGUGGACAAGGCCGAGAACACAAUCAUCAACAUGGCCGAUUGUCCGAAAUACUCCAUCACGAAGGAGUGCAGGAGCGUCACGGCGAUCGACAGAACCAUCGAGCACGUGGUGGCUAGACAGAUGGACAGGGAACACGACGACAGGGGACACCCGGACGAGGAGCACGACGAGUUGUUCGCGGAGGACGGUUUGUCUUGCAGGGACAUCAGAAACGGACCAAGGAUCAUCGAAAUCACCGAGGAAAAUUGCGACAGCUUCCACGAGAAUCUCGAGUUCUUUGGAAGAAGGAGAGAUCACUCGUUAGACCGUCAUCGAGACAGGAAGAGAAGCUACGUCGCGGAGUCUGCCGCCGGUGAACAGGACCACGAGGAUAACGCGGCUGCUGCUGAGAAGAGCGAGGCUGAUUUAGCUAAAAUCGAAGACGCAAGAACCGCAGAAGUACACAGACACGCGAGUUCCGCGCCAACGGAAUCGCUCAAUAUCGAAACGCAGAGGCAAGAAGAGCCUAGCGAAUCGAAGAUACCAGUUACUCCUAGGUGUGAGAACCACGAUGACCAUUUGCUGACGUACAAACCGCUCACUCAUCGUCCUCAGAUCAUCGUGAAGUCAUUCGACAUGCCGAACAUUGACUGCGACGACGAAGAGGUCGAGAGAAUAGUGAUAAAACAAGAGGCCGAGGAAACUGCGUACGAGGAUUACUCGUACAGAUGCGAAGCCACCUCGACGACGGAGAAGCCAAAGUGCCAGGAGUGGAUGAAGAGGCACUCGGUGGAAAAGUCUCACCCUGGGAUCGAGAAUGUGGUGGAGAAAUUGAAGAAAAACGCGGCCGCAGCUAUGCAGGAAGCGAUACCUCAGAAAGUCGAGGACAUAAAGGACAAGAGCGUGGAUGGUCUGCGUUCGAGGAGACACUCCGAGACGAUGCCGAGAAAAUUGGAGAACGGCUUGAAGAAACACAUACUGAGGUCCUGCGAGAUUGCUCAGUUUAUGGAGCACCGUGAAAUUCCAAGAGAACCUGAGGUUUCCUCGACGGAGGCAACGAGAUCCGCGUAUAACUCUCAGGAUCUCCCCAGGUAUACGGCAACGAAAGAGAACGAUCCGUGUAGUUCUCUCGCGAAGAAACACGCUUUGCCCAGAGAGUACUUCCUGAACGAUAACAAUAACGACACCAGGAGCAAUAACAACAAUAUCAAGGCGGUCGAUAACGAAGAGUUGCUCGUGAAGAAGGAAAAGACUUCGUCGUCUGCCGUGUACGAGACGAGAGAGGCGAACUGUUUUGACAGCGACGCAGUCACCCCGAAGAAACACCGUAGAAUGGAAGUUACAGACGAGACGUUUGCCUCGUCGUCAGACAAUCAAAAUUCCAAAUCGAGGGCUGCGAUCAGUUCCAAACAGAGGCCUACGGUUGACAUAAGCGGGUUGGAGCUAUUGUCGAAUAGUAUCGAACAACUGGAGCAGCUGAAACCGGACGCCCAGGUCGCCGCCACAGCAGCCGAUCUUGAGAAAUCACCUAUUAGAACUAAGCUGAUUUCUCCGCCAGGGGAGAGCAACAACAACAACAACGUGGACAGUCCGUUGGGGUUGUUAUGCGCUCUUGCGGAACAAAGGUUUAUGGAGGAGGUGGUCGAUAAGGUGCCGAGGAAGCUGAACCUUGACAGCUCUGAAGAGAUAUCGCACGCUGGUAGAUUGUUGCUGAACUUGGGUAGAUCGAGUCAUCCGGAGAAGGAAGGGAAAACGUUGGACAAGAGGAAGUUCGUCCAGUCGGAGGACGAGAACUAUGACAGCUCGAAGAGAUUCAAGAGCGGCAACAAAUGCGAGGAUGAAGAGUUCAAGUGUGACGCAUUGCAUUACGAUGAAGAAAGCGAUACGAGCAAGCAAUACGAGGCGAGGUUGCAAGCGAACAAUAUAGUAAUAGGGGUAAAGGAGGCAACAAGAAGAAGCAUCGAUUUUUCUGAAAGAAACGGUGUCAACGUAAACGACGAGGAUGAUCCACCGCUGAAGGACGAUCCCGCUGGUGGAAAUAGACCGUGCAUAGAUUCAGAUUAUGAAAGAAUCGAUGAUUUCGAGCAUUACGAUCGCCAUUUUAACGAGUGUCAGAUGAAUGGUGCUUACUACGAGAGAACUAUGGAAGGCAAUUUGUCGGACUCUGAUUUGAAGGUGUACAGUCAAAAAGCGUAUGCGGAGGCGAUGAUGCAAGAAGGUGUCAGAGACGUGAAGAGGAGACUCUCCGCGGGAGAGCAGCGCGAUUGCCACGAUUACAGGAACUUGCAAGCGAAACUGGACGCGAAAAAGUUCAUCGCCCGAAAGGGUCACAUGGACAACGACGCCGAUUGGCCGAACAUGGAUGCCAUGGAGCUGGAUAUGAGGGUCAGGUUGGCUGACAUUCAGAGGCAGUACAGAGAGAAACAGAAAGAGUUGUCUAAGCUAACUCCGAAGAAAGAUGAGAAGAAGAGUCCUGGCAGACCGCGAAAGAAGAGCCAUUCUUCCAGUUCUGAUCAUGGGCCUUUGGCGUCGCCAUCAGCGUUAGAGCGAAUGCCUUCACCGCAUAAAUCUCCGUCACGCUCGCUCAAUGGAUCUCCACCACCGUUGACUCCCAAUGUUCUUGCUAUGCCGAGGUGUAACGUGAACUUGGUGAAACUGGGUGAGCCAAGAAGUCACAUUAAACUGUUGGACAGUAUACCGAGCAUUCCUAUCCCCGUUCCACCAGUCGCCUCGCCUAUCACCGUUCUACCCUCGAGUAAAGCACCGCAAGACGACGAUGAGAAAAGCACAGGAAGGAUGGGAUACGAUACGUCAUCACCAGCGCCGACGGUUGCGAGUUCCAGUUCAGCUUCAAAGAAAAGGAAGGUCGGUCGGCCCAGGAAGCUGAUGUGCACAUCAGGAAGUGUCAGACAUCUAACAGAGACGAUAGUCGCGAAAAAGCCAAAAAGCAAAAGUUCUCUAGUAGGAUACCUUUUGUCAUCGAAAAACCGACAUCUUCAGGCAAAGUACGUGGGUAAAACUGGAUAUACGCCGCUGCCCUUCAAAACUGGGUUAUCUUCGCUAAAAUCCUCUUCCAAGGGUCAUAAAUCAGGAAAAUCGAAACCGAAGCCUGCGAAACAGACGCCCUUGCACAGUAAGACUGUGAUCAGCUCGAUCAUUGCGGAGAAAGCGAAACUGAGUCAAGAAGUGAAGUUGGAGAAACAGAGCAAGAUGAAACCGAAACUAAAAGCAGAAGUAAAGGUGAAGACUUGGGAGGAUGAUGAGUCUUCUAGUGCUGUGGAGAACGUAUUGCCAGAGUCUACUGUGCAGGAACCAGUGGAGGAAAUCCCAGCGGAGUUGCCAGAGCCAAUCGAGACAGAGUCCGAGAAAAGCAGACACGAGAAGUCGAAGAAGAAGAAACGAAAGUCCAGUUCGUCGUCGCCUUCGCGACGCAAAUCUACUGAUCGCGAGAAGAAAGAAGCGAAACGCAGGAAGUCGCUUGAGUGCAAAGAGUGCAAGGAAUGCGCCAAAGCAGCCAAGGCCGAGAAGACGGAGAUCGUCAACAAAUGCAAACUGACAUCGGCACACUUGGACAUUGAUCAGCUGAGAGUUCUCACGGCGAUGGGUGGUCUGUUUUACGCCGGAAGACUCAGCGCUGUCCAAGCACCUGACGUUUAUGCGAUCACGUUGGACGGCGAACGAGGCAACAGACCCCACAUCCAUUCCAGAGAGGAGAUUCUACGAGACGCGAUCGUGGAGGUCUGUCCUAGUUCGACGAAAGAGUUACCACCCGGUACGAGACUCUGUGCUUACUGGAGCCAGCAAUAUCGGUGCCUAUACCCAGGCACAUCCGUCGAACCCACCGAACCUGACCCCGAGCUUGACGAGAAGUUCGUUAGCGUGGAGUUCGACGAUGGUGACAGUGGAAGAAUCGCUUUGGAUGAUAUCAGGUUGCUGCAGCCUGAUUAUCCUGUCGUUGAAUACGAUCCAAAUCCCCUAUUGUCACUGGGCAAGCGUCGAAGGCAGACGUCGGUAUCUACAGAAGAUAAACGCUCGUCCAGCAAUAAUCAACCGUCCACUUCGUUAAAUGCGAACAAUGCGAUUCCCGCUGUUACCUCCACGACGUGUUGUUACGUUUCGUCGUCUGAUGGACAGUCGCUGGAACGAUACAAGUCCGAUGACAUGGAUGCCAAGGAUCUAGAAGAGUACCGUGAGAGGAAACGCAUGAAGAAGAGGAGAAGAGACAAACUAAAGAGACUGCAGGAGGCCCAAGAGGGAAAGAAAAAGCACAGGAAGCACAAGUGUUGCGAAGAACACAGAAAGCACAAGCACAGGAAACAUCGAAAGCAUAAGCACAAGCACAGCCAUCACAGCAGCCACAGCGAAGGAAGUCAUAUAAGUAGUGGGGAUAGCUGUUGCGGUCAGAAGAGCGAGGAAGAGAUGGUCAAGGAACCAGUAACUACAGCAGAGCCCGAAGUAGAAGUCGAAGAAGAAACAGUAGCAGAGGAAGAAGUCAUUCCAGAACCGAUCGUAGAGCCCGUUCGCGAGCAGAAGCAAGAGAAGCCGAAGAAAGCGGACAAGAAGUCAAAGAUGCGUGAACGACAGGAGUCAGUGGAAAGUCGAAGUAAAAUGGCCGCGUUUUUGCCGGCUAGACAGCUGUGGGGAUGGGCAGGCAAAGGUUAUAGACGGCCGGGUGCUAAAGGAAGGGCCAAGAAGCAAUUCUUCAAGGCGAUACAGCGCGGCAGUGAAACAAUUCAGAUUGGCGAUAGUGCCGUUUUUCUGUCGACUGGCAGACCAGACAGACCUUAUAUUGGUCGCAUUGAAUCCAUGUGGGAAACUUCGAGUUCCAACAUGAUCGUGAAAGUCAAAUGGUUCUAUCAUCCUGAGGAGACAGUAGGAUGCCCGGCAAAUCUGAAAUAUCCGGGUGCUCUCUUCGAGUCUCCUCACAUGGACGAAAAUGACGUCCAAACAAUCUCUCACAAGUGCGAGGUGCUACCGCUUCCGGAAUACACGGACAAACUGGGCAAAGAACCGCACAGGUAUCUGACGAUCUACGACAACAACGACAUUUACUAUUUGGCAGGCUACUACGACCCCACCACUUAUCUAUUGACUAUGCAACCGGGGGUUGUUUGAGAACAGCUAAAGCUGACGAUUAAGUUAACGGGUGUUACUUAAUUGUCGUCAGCCAAAAAUAUUGCGAAAUAAAUGAAUCGCCGUGACCGUCACGGUCGGCGCCGUGCUCGACUGUGUCGUUCGCAGCGUGUGAGGCUCGAGAUCGAGCCGAAUCGAGAUCACUGGAUGAUUUCGUGCGUGGAACGCGUUACGUGGACGAACGAGACCAAGUUCGUACCACAGAGACAUUGGAAGACUUUGAAGAAACGUGGGGUAAAAUCCAACGUUAUGACAAACCGAUACACUGUCGCGAUCAUUAUCGCACACGCUGGGUGUUGGAGAGGUCGUUGGGUGACAUCGCGAGCCUCGAGCAUUAUUUAUUAUUACAGUGUACGAGACACAUUGUUUACGUCGACAUCGAUCAAAUUUUUUUCUAUGGUUAUAUUGUUACGAGCGUUAAUUUUUACUUACCGAGUUAACCGAAGACGGCGUACGUGGAUCAGGAUUUAAGGUUAUCGGUCCGAUACCUACGUACGUAUUGUGUACAUAAUCGAAAGUGAUUGUUGAUUUACAGUUUUACGACCAGUAUCUCGCGACUUUUUUCACCAUCGGAGUUUCAAUGAGGUGCACUAUGUUUAUUUUGGCGCCGUAACUAUUCGUCGGACGAUGGAUUUCGCGGAUGCUAACCAUCGAGACUGUCUUUCUUCGCUGUUGUAAUCAAAAUACCUACUGAGAUUCGCGAAAGUGCGCCGCAAGGUUUCAGACGUCUCACUCAAAACUCGUGCAAUGACGUAUUGUUUUACCGUUCGAGAGAAAUACGUGAUUAUUACGGUAUUGUGAUAGAUUUAAACGAUACACCGGCAAUGGGACCGAUUGUUCGACACGCUACGGAACACAAUCAGUGUUUCGGGAGCGAGAGACUUCCACGUUUCGCGCAGCGAGAUGAAUUGAAUACGGGGGAGGCUUGUGCCUUGCGAAACAAAGUCGAGGCGCAGCUCUCGGACGAGGAUGGCAAAUAGUUACAGAACAAAUGGAUAUAAAUAUAUAUUACGUAUGUACAGGAGAGAUGCAAUAAGUAUACCGAGUGGCAUUACGAAGAUGCGGAUGAAGCUACGAAGACUCUUCGAUCAAACGUUUUAUCGACUGUAUAUAGAAAUACUAUACGUGCGUUGUACAUAAAUGUUAAGUGCGUAUCCCAGUGUAAGACACGGCUCUGAUUAUCAAUUAAUCGUUAGACCGGUGUUAAUAUUAUUGUCCACGAAGAAGAGAUUUCGUGCGAACCCGUAUAGCGCGAUCGAGCAAUCUGCGCAGAGUGGAAAGGAGACAUCGAGGCUUCGAUAGGAAGCCUCCAAUUUUCCGAUAAAAAUCCUUUCGAAUAAUCUCGCGUUCGACGUGUGCACGGAAUACAAUGUAUGUACUUAGAUUAAGAACCGCCUUCUCGCGUCCACUACUUCUCUAUCGUCUUUGUUGUCCCCGUACGAUCCGGUGAUCGCGUCAGGGCAGUGUUGGGCAAAAUUGAAUUCUUGGAUAAUCAGAUACAAUUAGCUCUGUAAGAUUACAAAUCAUCGAUUUAUAAUUACAGAUUACAUACGUAGUUUACGGUUACCCAUUAAUCCGACAAUCGCGAGUGAUUAUUGGAAAAAUAAUCAGCGCUCAACUUUGGAGUAGGGGUGGACGCUAGUGGGAAUUUUAUUUCUCGACGAUGCGAUGAGAGAUUCGGUGGAUCCGACGCUCGUUAGUGAUACGAGAUAAGGUGCUACAUGCAACUUUUUCGCAGGGUUACGCGCAGGUAUUUAGAUCGUCUUUAGUAGGGGAAGUUUUACGCAUUUGCGCGUUGGUUUUACCAAACCCGCCGAGCGAAUACGUGCAAAACUUGUUAGGAUUAAGGCAUUUUCUAUCGGGUCAUUUUUAUACUUCUUCCCAGCAUUCGUUGGUCGGCGAGAAGAGCAGAGAGGGUUGAUUACCUUCGUGCUCGCGAAUUUGGAUGUUUACCUUGGUCACUUGGAGCUUUGCUCUUCGAGGAACGAAGAGAAGAUGAAUGUAAUCAUGCACUAUCAAUCAUUUCGUCGCCGAUUCGAGGUUUCACCGAUGCUCUAUUCGCGACUCAAGCUACUCGCGCGAAAGACGCUUCGUUUCUCUCACCCUGAUGUCUGUCUUCUUGCCGUUUCGCGCGGACGGCGGUUAGGGGGGCGGUCUCCGCUAUUUUGAAUUGAAAAUCUUUCCUUUAUUAUCUUUUCCUAUCAGGAGAAGUACCCGAAUCGAAAUAAAAUUUAUUACAGGUGUAGCUAUUUUGUCGUUGUUUGAUGAGAUAUUUUUUUUUUUUUCGAACAACGUUUUAAUUGCUAAUCUUAUUCAUUGAAAGCUCGAUAGCAAAAAGAAAUUCUACCUCGAUAGCGUGUGAUUGAUACGAAUGAUUGUUCCGAAACGAAGGAGACGAAGAGAUUAUUAUUAUUUACACAAGUUUCUUUAUCGCGUGGUCAGAUCUAAAAGCACUUAACUGCCCCCUUAACUGGAAUGGCUGCUCGUAGCGAAACGAGGCAUUGAUAUUAGUACAAACUGCAGAUACAAUAAUUGCCGCGCGAUUUCGGCAGCAUUCGCGUUGGCGGAUGUACGAUGUACAUGAAGAGUAUUAUUGGAGAGCUGCAAAGGUUGCCUUUGAAUGGAAUUCCAAUUCGAUGGUAAGAAUUUUUCGAAUAGAUUAGUUUAGUGUUGCGCGUUGACUGUUAUGCAAAUUUUGGUAAAAUACCCUCUGAUGGCGCGCUGUUAUUUUACGUUUAACUUUAACAAAAUAAUUGCUUUCAAUCUCUUCAUGACAUUACGUGAGUUCAUUUCUUGUGAGACAUUUGGUAUCGUUUACAUACAAUACAAUAUGUUAAUUAAUUUUCGUAUUAUUCUGUUUUUAUACAUUACAAUGUUAAAUAAACUUUUCAUAUUGAAAUGUACAUUUUUGAAUAAUGUAUGCCUUGUUGCUAAAAGUCUCUCGACAAAUUGGUAGAACUUUUUUUAAGAGUCAUGAUAUAUCGUAUAAGAACAAUACGAUGAUUUUGUACAUACAAUUAAAUAUGCAGUCAGUGACAUAAGAAUUCGGAUCCUCGAUAUCUACAGAAGAAAAUUGUUUAGAUUGGAUGAUAGGUUUGAUGUUUCCAAAUAAAUUGUUCAUUAUAAAUAUACAAAUGUGUACAGUUUACUCAUGUAUAUAUUUCUAAUGAAACAUUUAUUUGGAAACAUUACACCUAUUAUUAAAUUUAGACAAAUUUCUUCAAUAGGCAUAGAGGGUACAUAUAUUAUAGGGUUGAAUGCACAUAACAUGUUAACAUGUUAAUCGAUAUUUUGUAUAGCAUUACCAUUACUAAAACGCAUUUUAUGGACACGAACAACUUUCUUUGAACAUGGCGAGGAAAUCACUCGAGUUCAACAUUUGCAGCUUCUCGCAGUACCAUUCAUCGUGACGCGUGCGAUCCCUCGCGUGUAAAUAGGGCCUGUAAGUGUGCGUCACGUGUCUUAGACACAGCCGCCAGCUCCCAUAGGUUACGAUUUCUAUUUCUGAUUGUACAUUUACUGUUAUAUCGACGGCACAGCGGUGGGGUCGAGCCUCGUCGUCCGAUCGGAUUGAGGCGAUCGGUCGAUUCGAUCGGGGGCGGCGAGUGCAAUCUGUAUAUUGCAUAGUAUUUUUCCAUUAAGGAUAAAGAAAAUUCAGAAAAGGAACAAAAAAAAAAAGAUUACGAUCGAGGAAUCGAUCCCGCUGGUUCCUCGAGCCCAGUGAUUCUCAGCCGUUUCGAAGCACACUUUCGAACGGAACGUCUCGAAACAGAAAUGUAUGUACAUAGAAGACGAAGAAGAAGAAACGAUUGUUCGCUGAUUAUUCGUUGAGAACCACUGCUCGGGAUGAACGAACGCUUACAGGCUGUCGUUUCUUCGACGACGACUUUACGACGACUUUUUCUCGACGCUUCGAUACUAUGAGAAUUAGCCUAAUCGUAGAUAACGUAGACGAGGCACGUUCGCUUGUAGAUUUGUAAAUACUUAACUUAGGUAGAUCGAAGGAAAUGUCGGUAUCCUCGAUCUUUUUUUAUACGUCCUGAUCAAUUUAUUCUCCAUUGCGUGUAAACCUUCUCCCCUGGAGAAGGUAUAUAAUAAAAAUGAUGUCACUUGUCGCGGUAAAAUAGAAAUUUAACGAACACACAGGUUUAGCCACCUUACUUGGCCAAUUAAAAUCACUCAGACUAUUUGUUGUAUGGAAACAUUUCUUGAACAAUAAUUGUAUGAUGGUAAGUAUGACGUAUAUCACGGUAAUCAUUUAACUAUCUUGAUAUUUUAUCGAGACACCAAGGUAACCUUGAAUGUUUUCAAUUGAGUAUCCAACAUUUUACUUUGGAAUUUGAGAUAGUAUCAAACACUCGGUGAAAUAUGAUUCACAGGUGGAAUAAAUAUAAUGGCCGACACAAUUGAUGGAAUGGCGAGACUUUAUCCAAAUAAGAACAAAGCCCAUCACCAAACGUUAAGUUUAUAAUCCAAGUAUACUACAGUAAGAUCAAUGGAUUAGAUUGAUAUACAUUGAUAUUACAUCGUAGUCAUGAUAUUAAAUUUUUUUGUUGUACUUGCAUAGUUAUUUUCAUUGCAUAGCGUGAUUAUUGUGUUCUACCCAUAAUGCGAUAUAUAUAUGUAUAACAUAUAGAACGUUUUGUUUAGUAACAAUUUGAUAUUUAAUUUCAUAGCAUUGUAUGAGUAAUGUUCGGUACCAAAAUUACUAAAAAAAUGAACGUCGGGUAAUUUAUUCCACCUGCUAGUAUUUUAUACGCAUGUCUACUUUCAAGGGACUACUAUUAAUUGAAUAGAAUUUCUAACAUAAACAAUGCUUUUUUAGUUAACUACUACUAUCACUUGACUACUUGCCUUCGUGAAAUACAAAAAGUUGAGUUUAUUGUGAGCAGUAAAGAUAGCCAAAGUUUCGUAAAGAUGUAUCAUUAGAACAUAUAAUGCUCUAAUUGUAGAAACGCUAAAACUCAUUGAUCCUAAUGAGCAAUAUUUCGAACGACGUCCAUCACUUAUUGAAUUGAAUUGAAUUGAAUUUAUUCAAUCAGAUGAAUAUUUUGAUACAAAGUAUAGGAAAGCUUGAAAAUCGGAGGAAGUAUAUAAAUACAAUAAAAUGUAUUUUAUAUUACAAAUAUUUGCCAGAAUAUCUUAAUAAUUAUUAAUUUUCAAUACAGCAUACCUUGAUAUGUUUUUCAUUGACGAUACUCUUUCGAAUUCCAAAAUGAAUAUUGUGUGUCUCUUUUCAAAAUGUUGAGGUAUCUUUUGUUUCUCUGUAAACAAGCAAGGCGGCAAAAUACUAAUUACUGUGCUGUACAGUCUUUUCUCAAUACCAUGCGAUAUUUGUUUGACAAUGUUUUUUCACACAACGCACGCUAUAUGAGAAAUUUAAGGUGGCCAAAUUAGGUAACUAGGUUUGUAUAGUAACGAGCGAAAGUGUUAGCGUGCAGACAUAUGUCCAACUUUGUGUCUUCAUUUUCCCAUGUGAAUAGUAGGAAUUCUUAUAUUGCGAAGUUUAAUUGAACCCACGUUAAUCUUUGUUAAACGGAGGUUUUCUUUUAUUUUAUUCUAUCGCUUUAUAGUUAAAAGUACGAUAUUAUUUUCGUUAUGACAGCAAGUAUACAGUUUUGCGCGGUUAUAUUGCCGUUAGAAAAGAGAUGUAUUAAUUCAGACUAAUUGCAAAUGUUUACUACGACGUUUCAAGAAUAAUGAUUUACAGAUAAUUAGAUUAACACUAGAUUAAUAUUGUACCAUUCAUGUUGUCUCCCAAUUCAUAUGGUAGAUUUUUCUACAACAACAGUUGUCUUUUUGUAACGAACUGCGAAUUGUCGAACGUGUUUGUAUCAGGACUUCAGACUGAUCAGUCUAUCGCUUAAGUUUUGGGAUUCAAGUCACCCUCGUUCCAAUUUUAAUGUUUGGUAUCAUUAUUUUGUUGCAAUAGAAUUUUCACCUCAUCAUAGUCCAUGGUUUGUACUGCUGACGGUAAAUUAUGUUAUAAAUUGAACAAAUACAGUUACCUUCGCUUAAUUUCAUCCAUUCGAAUUAAGGGUCCAACUAUGUUCUAUAUUAUAUCGACUGCCGAUUCUAGAAUUUAAUUUGUAUCAUGAAACGAUGUUUCGGAUAAAAAUUUGUAUAUUAUGGAAUUUGAAACAUAGGACUAAAGUUCGGAUAUCUUUUGUGUUUAAAUGGUGCGGCGUUGCUUGUAAAUUUCAAUCAAGACGACAAUCAUAAUGAGAAACGUGGCAGUCAAUGUAAUAUAAAACAAUCCCAAUAGGUUAUAACAUAACGAGUAAGUUGUAUUGUGUUUUUUGCAUAGAAGAAUUAAUUUCGUCCGAUUGAUUGAUUUCAAUACCAUGAUAUUCCAUGAAACUUAAAACGACUUAAUGGUUCAGUGUAGAGUGGCAAGUAUCGUGAAAGCUCUGACUCUUGGUUUUACCUCUUCAAAAUGAGUAGAGGAACUGUAACAUGGUUUCUUCUGAUUUAUAGAUAAAAGGAACAUCUUUCCGUAAUCACAUAUUAUUAUCUUAACAUUUUGCAAAUCUGCAUUACGAACAGGACAUUGAAAUGCCUCUGCACUGAAGGAUUAAUUUGAUUUUGUCAAUUCAUAUGAUAUGAGAUUAGUCGAGUAGUCAUUUAUAUAUAAACUAUUUUUGAGUGUUUAUACUUUUACUAUUUAGAUAUUAUUAUCACUUUUUGAUUGGUUACUAUUGUAACUUUUUUAUUUAUUACUAAAUAUUAUUAUCAGAUUUCAUAACUAAUUCUUUACAAAAAAGUAUAUGAAUUAUUUCUUUACUGAUAUAUAAUCUAAGUUUUAUUUAUUUCGAACACCGGGUUUAGUUUGUUGUUUCCUAUUUUUACGCGAUAGUGAAAUACGCUUGAAUAUUUUCUAUCUUCUUCGAAUUACCCUAUGAGCCUAUUUUUUCAAAAAGGCCUGAAGUUAAUAUGACAAAAAUGAGUGAAAGUUACUUUUAGAUGUAAACUUAUAUGAUGUAUUUAUUUUUAAGCAACUUUAAUCAAUACCAUUCAGUAUUUCUAUCAGUUAGUUAAUAGAAUUUUAACUCUUAAACACAACUGCAUACAUGUUUAUUUCGAAAAUGGCGUCCAUUAGCAGUUAACCAAGGCAUUACUUCGGGCAAUGCUUAUAAAAAUCAGUAAAGAGUACAUAUGCAUAUGUCUAUGACAUGAAAAUAUGGUACGAGCGUAACAAUAGUCUUCGGUAUACUUAAAUCGACUGAAAUGCAAAUUUUUAAUUAUUUUGAAGCUAGAUAUUUACUUCUCCUUGAUCCAUGUUAGUACAUUGGCAAUGAGAGCAUCUAUAAAGCACGUAAGGUAGCAAUUUAUUCGUGUAUAUACAAUGUAAAACAACAUUUCAAACAUCUUAUUUGUACAAAAUGAUAUUUCUUUUGAUGCGUCGUUGCUUUUGGCGUGAAGAAAUCUACGUUCAACCUUCGUGUACUCCACAUGUAAGUCUUUUCAUCACAAUUCUCACUCUUAGUUUGUAUUUCUCUCUUUUUUAUUCUUUCCUUAACAUAGUUAUAAUUUGCCAUAUUAUAUUUCACAUUUUAUAUUUUAAUUUCGUAUUUGACGAAAACCAAAAGUGAUUCAUUCGAAUUGUCAUUCAAAUUCCAGUCGAUAUCAUUUGGUAUCUGGUUUAGCAUUAAUAGUAAUGAUUAAUAGUUGGUGUAAUAAUAGUUGGCAGUAAUUUCGAUUAAUUUAUUAAUAGAAUAUUUGAUUAUCCUGCGCAUCUACCUUGCGCACCACGCGGCGUAUCUCUCAACUGGUUACUGGCGGUGUUCGUGUUUCCAUGAAGUGAGUUUGACACACGGAUACGCGGAUUAGUAAUAACAGAUGAGAAUUCCCAGUGUUCACAUAGGAAAUGAACAAAAGUAAUAGCAACUAUGCGGCUGAACGCUGUCUACAUUGUAUAUAGGCGUAAGUCGCUGAUGAAUCGUUAAAAAGUACCGAUAUUUCGCACCGAUAUCCACUUCCUUCGAAUUUACACGGAAUUGAGGCGCGUCUCGGCGGGCUGCGAUUGGGGAAGAAAAUCGAAGGAACCAGUGAACGUUGGCGAAACAAAAUUUGGAGCUCGGUGAGACGAUUUGGACGAGCAAGGCAACUUAUACAUAUAUACUAGUGAUGGGACUAAUCAUAUUACAUAUUCAUUAAUAUUAAUUCGUAUGAAUUUUCAAGCAUUACAUUAAGAUGUGCAAUAGUUAUCGAAAGAAGUAGUUAUUUGUAUUAAAAAGUUCUGCUUCUUGACAGUUCUUGCGAUAUCGUUAUAAUUCAAAUAUCAAUGAGGUGUUUAUGUCACAGUUGGAUAUUAUGAAAGUAAUUUCGAAUAAAUGUUUAUAUAGAUCAAUGAUUCUAGCGUCCUAAAUAGGUACAAUACUUUUUAAAAUUGUAAUUAAGUAAUUAUGUAAUUGUGGCUUGAAACUGGAAGCGUCAAGAAUCUUCUUGUAUUUCUCUUUUCUGUAAUUUACUCGAUAGAAUACUUAAUGGAAAAAUUCUUAUAAAAUUCGUUGAAAUAAUUGAACAUGAUUCGAACAUGAUGUUUUCUAAUGGAGGCAUCUAGUAACUCUGCAGAUACAGGUGAUGGUUGUUUCAGUAUUAAUUAAAUCAUAAACACGUAUUAUAAAUAUUCAGGAAAUAAAUUUCUUGUCAGUUUUAAGAACGUAUAAAUAUUCGAGAUAUAAUUUUUUUUCAAAGUUUUAAAGGUUAGAGUAAAAUGCAAUAAAAUCCAAUAAAAUGUAUAAAUGCAAGCGUAACUACUUCUUAUUGAGCAACGAUAUGUUGCUACUAAAUCAUGUUGUCAUCAACAAUGUUUUACUUAGAUUAUGAACGAAGAAAUAUUUACAAAUUUAUUUCUAUCUACAAGUUUCAAGAAUUAGAAUAAAAUGCAUCAAUUGAGGAUUAAAUGAACCAUGUGCUUAAGAACUCUUUUAUUUUUAUAUAAUUGAUUCGGGCAACUAUGUAGUAUUCGUUAUUCGUAGUGUCCACAUGUGAUAAAUAAACGUCUGUUCAAACAAAAAAGUGUCAAGAAUUCAGGACAGCUUGCUAAUAAUAAGGAAACGAUUGAAAUGCGGUAAUUGCAAAUAUUUUUAUCAUUUAUCAUUGGUUCUAAUAUCAUCGGGAAUAAAAACUUGAUUUCAUAUCUGAUAGGAGUUAAAACCAGAUAUCUUUUGUGAUACUUGAUGUAAUUGAUAUGCAUCGAUGCGGCAAUUUCGUAUCUCAAUAAUUCUAAAUCCGUUCGUAAUCAUCUAAUUCAAGGGAUGAAUACAAUGGAUUCAAUUAGUGACGUUUGUGUAUCGACAGCAUCUAAAAACAUCUCAGUCCCAUUACUAGUACUCACCGUUCGAGUUAGUCUAGCUGCUAUAGAGGGGUAAUUUCUAAGUGGGCGGUAUCCAGUGACAGAUGGUUCGCAUCUCCGUCUUCGAUGGAACUAGGAUGAAAUGCUCGCGUUGUUAUUGUCAUUAUUUACCUAUUUACUUAUCUUUUUGCAUAAUUAAAUGUUUUGGCAGUUUUCUUCAUCUUUUUGUUUGCAUCUUACCUCCAAGCGGAGAUGCGAACACGUAGUGGAAUAUCACGAUACAGGAUCCUUUCGUCGGGUUUAAUACUCAAUUAUCAAUUUUGUUAAUGGGUGUCGUAGAAACAAAAGUGUGUUUCGAUUGUUUUAAAUACUGAGUAGCCAGUUGGUGGUUAAAUUGUUCAAGUUUAUUACGACAUUAGCUAUUUUUUUUACUGAAGCUUCUAAUAAUCAUCAAGAAGUAUAUAAUCUUUCCAGUUGCUUUUUCUUUAUUCUUAUUAGGAUUGAUCCUAUUAUAAAACAAAUUGAAAUAGUUUGUUCAUCUGCUGACUACAUAGUUACUUGACAAUUUUAUUAAUAACUGUACCAUAUGAGUGCAACUGUCUUUUGAUUACUCUAAACAAUGAUGAAUUAUGCAGCUAGUAAGUGAACAAAUUAUCCAAGUUUAUACAAUAAACCUCUAUAUGUCUGUAACUUCUAAUAAUGAUCGUGAUAUGGAGAAGAAGAAAUUCUUGGUGAUCCUUCUUGUUUGUUAUUACGAUUGCUCGUAUUGUCAAAUAUACUUGGGCUAUUUGUCCACCUAUAGUUGCUACGUAAUUAUUUGUUAAUUUUAUUAAUGAUUGGAUUAUAGAAACACGAUUGCAUUUUGGUUGCUCUAAGCAAUGAUAAGAUAAUUAUGUAGCCAGUUGGUGGACAAAUUACCUUACUUUUGUUUAGUAAUACGAGCAAUUCCCUUGACUAUAACUGCUACUGAUAGUCAAAAUAAGGAAAAAAUGCAAUCCUCAAGGUUCCACCUUGAUUAUUAUUGCGGUUGCUCACAAUGUUAAACAAACUUGAACAAUUUGUCUAGCUACUAGCUACGUAAUUGCUUGCCAUUUUUAUGAUUUACGCGAAAAAUCACCGAGCUCCGACUUACACGCGACAGCUACGGAUAAACGAGAUAUAUGCGAGUCUGGAUAUUUUACGAGGUAACGAUGUGCGGGAUGAAUAGUUAUGGGAGAGAGGAGAGAACAAAGAUGAUAGUAUUUUAUUCAAGAGAAUCGAAAUUAUUCUAUUUUAAUAACAGAGGCGCGAAUAGGCGAUUACACAAGUAGGUCGUGGAUACGGGACAAGCGAGCGAACAUGUAGGAUAAAGGAAAAGUAUAUAAAAUGCACCGAAUGAAAGGAGAAAAAACAGUGAAGAGGAGUAAGCGAAAAGAAGAUUGCAUGUACGCGAUAGGUGAGGCGUGAGCGAGAAGAUCUUCGGAGAGAUGCGCAACUGUUUCGAAUCCAUAAGUCUGAAAACAAGAUUUCAGGACAAACAAAGAGAGAUACAGUUGAAUUUCAUUUAUAUUUUCCUACGCGAUUUUUGUAUGACGAGUGGCAUGUGUGGUUUGCGUGAAUGCUAGCUGAGCCUCGGUUGAAAUUUGUAAUAAUAUGGUAGGAAAAUCGAAGGUCUCGCUAAAACGUGCUAAAACGAAAAAGAAGGAACACGAAUGAUAAAUGCUGGCAUACUGCAUCGACGAGUACGUACAUACAGUUUUUUUAAAUCUUUUGAAGCAGCACUGCUAUGUCGAGCAAGUUUUCUUGCGUACAAAUGACAUUCUCGCCAUGUUACACAUUUCUUUUUCUACUCGAUAUAUAAGACUCUCGCAUUUAUGUUACUGACUGUUUAACUAGGUCAGGUCUUGGAAACUUGGGUAACAAUUCGGUCAGAUUGUUUGUUUUUCGUGGUUUAUGUGUCGAGAAAGAAACAUCGUUAACUUUUCUAUAAAAUUGUCAGGAGCGAAUAAAUUAGAAAGCAGAUUAUCCAUCGAAUGGUGUGUUUGAAGUUACGAAAGGUGUUCAGUAGUGUUGGGUAUUAAUUAUACAAUUAACUGAACUUUAAAAUUAAUGUAAAGAUGAAUUUAAAAGAUGUAUUUAAAGAAUUAAUUAAAAAAAUUAAUUGAGAUAUCAAUUCAAGAUUGAUUAGAAAUUGAUUACAAACUUAAUUUCUGAGAUUAAUUUAAUUGCGAUGUAAAUUAAUUGAACUUGAAUUGUGUGAUAGUUGACAAAUCGUAUUUCAGUUGCAAUUAAAUCAUUAAUUGUUUGUUUCUAAUAACUUAUCAGAAUUAACUCCAUGAAAGAACGAGGUAGAAACAAACGCGGGUUGUUUGUCUACUUUCAUUGAAGAAAAAAAAUCUUUUUACGAAUUCCAACAACGCUACCGUCAAUUUCCUUACAUUACGAGUCAAUCCGUUGGUUUAUUCUUACUUGUAGUGUCAAUUACUAAUUAAACAAUUGUAAUUGUAAAUCAAUUUAUAACUGAGUAAUUUUGAUUGCCACUGAAAAUUGAUUUUUAUAAUUAAAAAGGUUAAUUUCUAUCCGUAAUUAACAAUUAAAAAAUUAAUCUGUAGUUACCAAAUGUGAAUUUAAUUACAUUUUAUUCAGCAUUGUUGUUCAGUCAGUACAGAUAUAAUCUUUAGUAACUUCUAUCGAGUUAUUGUAACAAUUAUUGUGGAUUUCUGGUAAUACCAACCGACCAUAUGUCGGAUGUAUUACUUUAUAUUAUCACUUAAAAUAUUUCAUCUUUUUUCCAUCUUCCUAAAUGUAUUUCACGAUGAACAUAUUUUCAUGCUAGGUGAAGGCGUCAAGAAGAAAUGAAGGUCAGCUUUAAUUCUAUGUAAACGAACGUAAGAAAAAAUCCUUUAAGGUCGUUUGGUUUCUUAACCAGUUAUGGACAUAUUUCAAGGCGACUAAGUGAUGAUUAUUUAAUAUAUUGCUUGCCAAGUUAAUUCCAUUAACAAUUUAAUUUCCUAAAAAAAAUUUAUUUCAUUUCGACCAUGAAAUAAUUAGUUAUAUCAAGAUUUGUGUAUAUUAAAUUUGGAAGUCGUGGAAAUUAAAAUUUAAAUGUCAAUUGCAUACAAAUGAGUCUCUGAGUGCUUUACAAUUUAAGUAUUAUUUAUAAAUAAAUCAUGCAAUAGCCGAUAUUAUUUUGAAUGGAUACAUUAUUCAAAUGAAAACGUUUUUACACAGCUUGAUGUUAAAUUAAAAUGCACGAACAGUAAAUAUGAAACUUAAACGUUUCAAAGAGUUUAAUUCGUGCAGUACGCUUUUAAAACCAAUAAUUUUUUGCGAAGCAUCCUUUUAUAAAAUGCAACAUUAUAGUUAUUCAGUGUGAUGUAUAAUGGAAACACGAAUAAUGGAAUAUUUGACAUAAUAUGUUGGCAAAUGCAAGUUCGGCAAAUAUAAAUUGAAUUUUACGUGUAAUGUACCAUCCAAUUCCUGUGAAAUAUGAGCUGGCCUCGGUUCUAGUCUUAUCAUUGAAUAAUUUUAUUUUUACAAAAUACUCCUGUAACGCAUUCAACUUUUUCUCUUGAUAAAUAGUAAUUGUUCUGCUUUAAAAUUUAAACUUGAUAGCAAUUUUCUUUUUUCGUGAAAAAACUCAUGGAUAUUUUUCUUUUUUUUAGAAUGAUUUACAAUGAUUGUCUGAAAUUAACAACUCCCCAUGAGAAGAGUGAAAGAGUGAAACUUUCGAUCAUCCAUGACGCUUAUCCGAUGGGAAUCAAACUGGUAUUUGCACGAAAACUCCCUUUUCCCUUGUAAGAUUCUGAAACUCGCGUUUACCAUGUUGACGUGACAGGUUUUCGAUAUCUUCAAUUCCUCGUUCGCACGUGAAAAUAUGAUGCGACUGAAAAUCUAUUAGUAUUUUUCUUUGGCGUUUACUCUAAAUUGUAAUUGAAAAACUAUAUUGAGCUGUGUUUUCUAGAGCAGUGGUUUCCAACACUUUUACAUUCAUGAAUCGCGUGUCAUUCGAAUUUACAUGAUAGCCGAGUAAUGGGAUUAAUAAAAAACAGUAAAAUAAUAAGAUGAGUUAUACAGUACAUAUAUAUUUUCAAUAGUUAAAUAAAUGCAUUAAAGUUACAUAUAAAAAUUAUAUUCCAUUAUUUAAUGGAAUACAUGCGGUCUUUUAAUUUAAUAAUACUUGAAAGAACUUAAUAUAUUCCGAAAUAAUUUAUACAUAACAAACAACAAAUAUUUUGAGUACCACAAAUAUUCAGUACUAUCCUUAAGCUUGUUUUAAGACAGAACAAUAGCUUGGUUUUUUUUUUAAAUUAAGUUCAAUUGAUGAAAGACAGUCUUAAAUCCAGAACUAUAUGCAGCUUACUACGAUAUCUGCUUUUUAUGAAGACAUAAGAACAGAAAGGCUCCUCUGCCAGGUCCUUAUUUGUAAAUGGGAACCUAAACGUAAGCGGUUUGUCAGAAAGCUCUGCUCUGCUGAUGUUUGACAAAAUAUAAAUAAAGGAUUUUUCAUUCAUCCACCUUUUAAAGUAACAUUAGUCGAAAGCUUCAUCAACUUCCCUUUUGUCUCGAUUGGAAAUAUGAGAACACGCGAUAUUCUUCAAAAGGAUUUGCAAUCCAGUUUUUUCCAGGUUUUCUUCUCGUUCAACGGGAUUUGCAAUCCAGAUCUUGUCCAGAUUUUAAGAAGUUUUUCUUGAAAAAUGAUUUUAGUCCUUUAAAGUGAUUAGGGAAUAACCACUUUUUCCCGUUAUUUAAUUUCUUUUGCGUACUCCUAAAUAUAUGAAGUUGGGAAUCAUUGUUCUAGAUUCUAUCACAUACUCGGAGAAAUUAUUAUUUCAUUUAAAUCGAUAACAAAUGUGUUUCAAUCAUAUGCAAAUUCGUUACCAUAAACUCAGAAGCUAAAAUUUUACAACCGACUACAUGUAUUAAUAUGCUGAAUUAUCUGACACAAUUGUAACACAUAUUUCUCUGUCUAUCUUAUACGGAAAAAAAUUUCUAACGAGGAUCACCUUUCGUGAUAUUAAUAUUUGAAAUACUCUUCAAGAAACUUAAGAAUUUCAAGAGAAUAGAUAACUGUUUAUCGACUAAAAAGUAAUUUUAUUGUCAGUUCGAAGCAACUGGUGCAAAGUUAGGAGUAAAAUUGAAUCGAUCAAUGGGAAAUCAUCUCUCGACCAUCGAAAACUAGUUUUGAUUACUCGGAAAGGAUAAUACUUUCGAAAAAUGCAGUGAAGGAAGUGAAAGAAAAAGAAUAAUGUUAAUCAUGAUUUCAAUACCGUGACGUCAUAUUGUUGGAGAAUGAUGUUGAUUUCUUAUGCAAAAAUGAAAUAAAGAGUUAAGACUGAGAUAUAAAGAGAUAUGUUUUUAAUUGAACGUAAACUAACAAAGCUCGUACCUUUCUGUGUGUACAAAAGAAGAGUAAAAGUACAAACUGCUCCUAAUAUUGAUACGUUAAUGUGCUAUGAACUAAGGAAUUAAACGAACAAAUACAGUUAAAAUAUUUCCAGUUCAAACGGUUAAUCCUAAGUUAUUUUAUUACUUCAAAAGAUGAUACUGAAAUUUCAGUUUAAAACAAGAGCGGAAGAAGUAUAGUUAAUAUAAAUCGAAUAUAUAAUAAAAUAAAAAUAAUGUGCACUAUACUGUUUUAAGAUGUUUUUUUAUUAUUUUUACUUGAUGUAGGUACACCACUGAACAUAGAUAAAAACACUUUCUGUAUAUUCAAACGUACUAUCAACUCAUGCAGUAUGAAAAUUACUGAGUUGGUAUUGCUGAUCUACAUUUCUAGGUGUCCAACAAAUAUUUAUAAAUGUCCUGGACACAAUAAUGAUACGCCUAGAAUGUCUAAUUAUUCUUCCUCAUUUAUGCAGUGUCAUCUGGUAUCUUAAAAUCCGAUUAACUGGCCAAUAAUAGGUUGUUUAAUUAAUAUAGAGCGUGGAACAAAUAUUUCUAUCUGUUUGGUGACACUCUUGUUGGGUGCCAUGAAAUAUGUUUUUUCGUACUUAACAACUGAAUGCUGGUUCCAAAAGUGUACUUAAUUAAUUUGAAUAAGAUUCAUUAAAAUGACUUACACCAUUAUGACUUUAACCCUUCCAUAAUACAACCCUGCUUUGUGUAAAUUAAACAUAUCGUUCAUACGUCUGGAUACUUAGUUAAUUGGAUAUAAUAGGCACAUAUUCGAUUGUUUGUUUUUUAAAAUAGAGUGUUGUUCAGACUUUAGUCACGAUGACACAAUGAACGGGGAAAGUUCGAGGAAGUGGGGGUAAUAUUUGUCAUGAUUCGCACUGGAAGGGAUCACCUUGAGCAAUCAAAGUCUUCUGCCUCUGCUACAGAACGUGUCGCGAGUCGCGAGCGAAUAUUUUCAGAGAGUAAACAGUUGGAAAUAACGAAAGGAAAAAGAAAUGUGUUGGCAUAUACAUUGUGGAGAAAGUCGAGAAGAUAUUGAAGGGAGAGAGUCGAAAAUGUAAAUCAGAGAUUACCAAAAUUCUUAUUUACAUAAAAAUUUCAAAUUACAACUAUAAGAUAACCAAUCAAUUAUUUGUUACUCGUAUAAUAAUAAUCAGAGUUUCAAUUAUAAAAUCAAAUACUUUACUGUAAACAACCCUUUGUAACCGUUCCGUAAGAGGAGAAUCUUCACGAAUAAAUCGCUUUGUAUUGGUACUAUUCGUCAUCUAUUAAUAGAACAACAUUAUGCCAAUCUUUUGAGUACAAGCGUGCACGUGUGAACGAUUAGAGACGAGAAAAAAUGACACGUAUAUGUAAAAAGGGAUGUGUAGGCGUUAGAAAAGAGCGAGGAGCAAGCGCAAUUUUAUAUUAUGCUUAUAGAGAAGUCAGUCAGCGUAAUAAAAUAGCAGUACUACCGCAUAUUAUCCACUGUCUUAAUGUUAAUGAUUGAUUAACGAUCGAUUACUUGCCGAGCUAACCUGUCUACAAUGAGAUACUUUAAUCAGUCUAACGCGCACACACACGUUUAUUACAUGAAUGAGGGGCGAAGAUAGGACGAAGGGGGGACGCAUGCACGCGUAUGUCUCGUUUGCAAUAUGCGUGCAAGCGAUUUUUAUCGUGGAGGGAUGGACAUUUGUGAACGCUAAAUCACGGAUCAACGUUUAGACGCGAAUUAACGAUUCGUAUAUAAUAUAGUAGACGCGUGUUCGAUCAUAGAACCGAAGAGAGUACAUUGCGCGAGCGUAAACGAUGAGAGAAGCAAUGGGCCAUCGAAUGAUGAGUAGCAAAAUGGAAAGAGACCGAUACACAUUCUUGUUUAUUUCUGUUAGCUAAGUACUUGGCCAACAAUAAAAUGCAUAUUAGAUAUGAAAA